GAAAUAAUGCUGGCAAUAAGGAAGUCAUACAAAUAUGAAAUCCGUUCGUGUGCGAAUUUUCUGUACCUGGCGCCGACAUGCACCUGUCUGCUCAUCACGAAUCAGGGAUUUUCGCAGGAGCAAGUCAGGCUACUUGUGCAUUUGUAAACGUGGUUUCUGGAGAGUUGGCGUCUCUUAUCAGUUUUCAAAAUUGCAACAUAUUGUGGAGUAGGUGGAGGGCUCAAAAACGCAAAAUUGACGAAAAGUUCAAAACAAUAUCUUUAGUGUUCACAGACGAUCAAAUGGAAAGGAUGUGCAGGGAAGAGAGUUGAUUGUUGAAAAUGUGUUGUGAAUAAAAGAAUGGGGACGUUUUGUUUCGAUCAGUAUGAUCAUCCACUACUUUGGUGCGAGGAAAAGAAAAGAUUAGUGGAGCGACAAAAUGCUGCGGAAAGUGUAAGAGCAUGGCAACGUAAGAAAGCAGAGGAACAGGCUCAAAAAGAACGAGACAAAAAGGAGUAUUACGACCUAUCAGUUUCUCAUUGUCCUUGGGGACGGCCUGGCGGCGGAGCACCCAACUUGGAUAUUCGCAAGCGCAACAUUACUGCCGAAGGACUGCAUCCAACCCCCAGCCAUGGAACACGUGGCUCGUCAUUGCCUCCUUGUCAUAUAAAUCUAGGGGGUAGCGGUCACAUUCGAAGUGCAGCGGAUCGAUUGUACAUAACCCUCAAGGAUCAUCCUUCACUGAGUUUUCGAAAUAAAGGACACGUUGACAUUGAGCUUCGCUAUAAAACCGAUAAGACGGAUAAGAAGCCUAAAAUGCAACUCGAGAAAAUAACGGUCACGGAAAAACCGAAGGCGAAGGAGAAAAAGAAAUCUGCGGAUGAGGAACACAAUCCUUGGGGCAAAGCUGGACCUGGCGGUGCCCCAUGGCGUAAUCCCAAAAGUGUUGGUAGUUCAUUUAUGCGAUCUCUGGGUUGGACCAACAAAGAACUUCUAAAGGAAUUAGACCAAGAGAAUCCUCAAACCGCACCUAGUGAAAAACCAAUCAAAACCAAACAAAAAUCUUCUAAAGAACCAGUCCGGAAAUGCUGUCCUCUAUGCUCGUGUAAGUGUACAACGGCAACAACACUUACGACCUCAGAAUCCGAACCUACCCAGCAAGUCGAAAAAAUAACAAAGGACAAAACCGGCAAACCUACAGAUAACAUUUCGAAAAACAAAGAAGGGUCAUCUAAAAAACCUACAGUGGAACAAAAGGAAAAGUGCGUACGAGUCAGACGACCCACUCGCGGUGGAGGUUGUCACCGUAAAUCCAACGGUUCAUGUAUGGCUGCAAGUGAAGGAGUAGAACUUGUGCCUCUCCUUGCUCGAAGACGUGGAAUGCAUCGACCGGUCAGCUUAUCCAGCACGGACGUUACAAAACGCGUGGAGUGUAAUAGAUCCGCCUCUUCCUACAACAUCGAAUAUUUGAAAGACCUAAAACGUCAAAUUUCCCAGCACGUUCGUCGCCUGAAACUGGCCAAAGAACAGGAAGUAGAACUUUGCAAUCGCCACUUUCAAACAUUUGAACAGUUUUGGGGACGACCUGGCCACGGAGCGCCCAGGAAUGUUAAAACUAAAUUAAAUUUGGACGAUUUGCUUUAUGGAGUUCCAGUUUGAGUAAAGCAAAUUCUGUACACAAUCUAAAUUACAAUGGAUAGAAUAGCGCAAAUUUCGGUAGUUCAUUUUGCGUAAUGAAAGCUUUUUGCCAUUACUGUAAAUAAAUGCGAAAUUUCUUCAAAAAUUCACUUUACUCGCUUGUAGUGUUUGCAAGUGAGAAAAAAGUUUAUUUUUCCGUAGUAACGAACGGCGUUAAGAGAAUAAGGGCGCGUGAAUAAAUGUCGGCAAUUCCAUAUGUACAUAGGAUGUAGUAAUCCGAUCUAGACAAA